AGUCCAGAGAGAGGCUCGGCCACUGCAGGCGGGCCCCACCUGAGCAAAGACAGGCGACCAUUUCCUUUCCUUCACCUCACUGGCUCGCUCGCUCGCCUUUCUCUCCGUGCGGCGACCACGGACUGGGCAACCGCCACCGCCCUCCCUUUCCCUGCGCUAGCGACGACUGGGCGAACGCUGCCUCGCUUCGUCACCUCUUCGCCGGCGGCGACGAUCACCCACCAGUUGCUUUGCAGGUUGAUGCCGAUUUUUUGGUUGACAAUUUGAAGAUUACUAACUUCUAUGAUCCUGAGGGCAAGAAGUAAUGAUCCGCCCAGGCUCAAAGGACUCGCAAAAUUAUGAUAACAAUAAUCAAAGAGUCCAUCCUCAACCAAUCGACGAUAACAUGAAUCAGAACGGGGACUCAAUGGACACUGUGAUCGGGAGGAUAUUCAACAACAUAUCCUCUUUAAAAUCCGCCUACAUUCAGCUGCAGGAAGCCCACACCCCAUAUGACCCUGACAAGAUCCAGGAAGCUGAUAAACUUGUCAUAGAGGAGCUUACGAGGCUUUCAGAACUCAAGCACGCUUACAGAGAAAAACAUCCUAAGCCAAUAGCUGCAUCCCCUCAAGAUUCACGCUUGCUUUCUGAAAUACAAGAGCAGCAGAACUUGUUGAAGACCUACGAGGUCAUGGUAAAGAAGUUCCAGUCCCAGAUCCAGUCCAGAGACACUGAGAUAACCCAUCUACAGCAGCAAAUUGAUGAAGCUAAACUUCGGAAAUCAAAGCUAGAGAAGAAACUGAAACAGAGGGGCCUACUUAACAGGGAGUCGGAGGAAUCUGACGAAGAAGAGAACUACUUUUCCAUUGAAUUGACACCAAGUUUGUUUACAUCUGCCGUUGAUAAUGCCUACCAGUCGAUACAUGACUUCUCGAAGCCUUUGAUCAACAUGAUGAAGGCUGCAGGUUGGGAUCUUGAUGGGGCUGCUAGUGCGAUCGAGCCUGGUGUGGUUUACACAAGAAGGGCUCACAAGAAGUUUGCUUUUGAAUCCUAUAUUUGCCAAAGAAUGUUCAGUGGGUUCCAAGAAGAGAGCUUUUCUAUCAAGGAUUCUAACAUCAGUGUUUCCAAUGAGGCUUUCUUCCACCAAUUCCUCGCGGUGCGAGCCAUGGAUCCUCUGGAUGUCCUGAGCCAGAACCCUGAUUCAGUAUUCGGAAAGUUCUGCAGAAGCAAGUACCUAUCGCUUGUGCAUCAAAAAAUGGAAGGUUCUUUCUUCGGCAACGUGGAUCAGAGGAACUACGUCAUGAGCGGCGGCCAUCCAAGGACACCUUUCUACCAGGCAUUCCUAAAGCUAGCAAAGUCCAUAUGGUUGCUGCACAGGUUGGCGCACUCCUUCGAUCCAAAGGCAAAGGUGUUUCAAGUGAAAAAGGGAAGUGAAUUUUCGGAUAUCCACAUGGAGAGCGUCGUGAAGGACAUCAUCCUAGAAGAUGUCGCGGAGAGGCCGAAAGUUGGCCUGAUGGUGACGCCUGGUUUCCUGAUCGGGACCAGUAUCAUACAGUCCCGUGUGUACCUUUCAGGUGCCAAGUGUGCUGACUGACUGACUGACUGAAGAUGCAGCAGCUACACAAGGAGCUAGAUAGAGGGUCAUUUGCUUCUUGGAAUCUUGGGAGAGCUUCAGAGCUACCAGCUGCAUAAGUUUAAGGUGGACUGUGCUGUCCUGUAUGUAACGCGUGAGAGACCUGUUGUUUAUCUGCCGUGCUGGGUUGGACGCCUUUUGCCUUUUGUGGAGUUUUCCAUGUGCCAUGCGAUUCUGUCUAAUGGUACGAUAUGUUUCUGUUCCCCUAUGCUGGGUUUCCGUGUGCUAUACUGCUAUGUAAUUCUGCCCAAAUGUUUGUACAUGUUAUCAGUGUGAUUGGAGAGCCUAUGUGAUGCUCGUAUAGGAUGCACUUUUCAUCCGAAAUGUUUUAUUUUUUUUGACAGAUCAGAUGAUUGUAUUGUAUUGUCGUGUGCCGAAAGUGUUUUA